AUGGCCCGUGUUGGGAGGUCUGCCGCAGGUCUAUCACAAAGCGUGCUGCACGGCAAACCAACAGCCAGCGAUGUUGCGAGUCUCUCAUCCUCGGGAAAAGCUGGGCCAUCAUCAAGUAACGAGCCUCGCGCUCUGGGUGAGGCAUCCUCCGCUUCAGCGAGAGCCGGCACAGCCGGCAGCACUGGUGGCUUUCGGUCGGCCCAGGCAGAUGCUCACGCCGCAGCUGAAGAAGCUGCUUUCUCCGACUUCCUGGACGGCACGCCCGCGUUCGUUGCGACAGAACAGACAGACCUGGAUCAGGCAUGGCAGCGAGCCAGCGGCGGUGCUUCAGAAGUACCAGGGACCCAGGCGCCGCCUCGGCUCGAAGGCGCGUACUCGGUGGCCGAGCAACAGGCUCAAGAUGGCGUGGAAGUGGUGCGAUUGCUCUCGCAGGUCACAGAGGAGGCACCGGAUUUCGAGGCGGGCCCUACGGUCACUGAGGAGGAGAUGAAGAAUCUGAGGCAGGCACUCUUCGAAGAGGGAGCCUCGGCUCAAAUAUCGGCUACUGAUUGGAACAACAUCCUCAACUUUGUACCAGACUUCUUGCUAGGCGAGAGUGAUGGUCCUGGACCAGGGGCAUCUUGGAGCAGCCACAUGAACCUGGGAGUGACCGAGCCGGCAGAGGCAGGUCAGAUAUGGCUGGAGCAAUGGAACCGGGUGCUCACGGGCUAUACAGACGAGGUCUGGGGCGACCUGGGCUCGCUGGUGGAGGAGGCCCGGACAGAAGUGGCACGGAUGAAAGACACCAAAGAUGAGCCUGCCACGGGCGCGCCAGCAGUAAGGCAGCUGCGGACCAUCCUCACACGCGUGCGAGCCCGUUUGUAG